AGUGUACGGAGUCCACGCCGCUGCUUGGUGGUGAAGAUGGCCUCGAAAGGUCCAGCAGAAAAUCGGCUCAAGUCGUACAAGACUAAGGGCCUGGACGUCAGUGAGGUGCGGAGAAGGAGGGAAGAGGAAGGAGUGCAGCUGAGACGGUCCAGGAGAGAAGAGCAGUAUUCCAAGAGAAGAAACCUCACAGACGUGGACGAAUUGGAAGCAGAAAACGCAACCUUUCCAGAGGGGACACCGUUCACUGAGGUGGCAAGGGCACUGUUCGCCAAUGAGACAGAGCAGCAGCUGGCCGCACUGGCUCGCUUCAGGAAAGCCCUCUCGAAAUUUGGCCAAAGUCCUCCAAUCCAAGAAGUCAUAGAUACAGGAUGCGUUCCUCGUGUAGUGGAAAUAUUGACAUUUGAUAACCCUUCUCUUCAGUUCGAAGCAGCGUGGGUGCUGACCAACAUCGCCUCAGGCUCCUCCCUCCAGACCAGAACUGUCAUUGGCUGCGGAGCCGUCCCUCACCUGGUCAAACUCCUCACCUCACAACAUGAAUUUGUCCUCGAGCAAGCAGUUUGGGCACUGGGGAACAUAGCAGGAGAUAGUCCAGAGUGUCGCGAUGUAAUCCUGGGUUCAGCCAUAAUGCCGCACCUGCUGAAGCUCCUGCUCGUGCCCGAUCUAAACCUGACUGUCCUGAGGAACGCGGCGUGGACGCUGUCCAACCUCUGUCGAGGCAAAAACCCCGAGCCUCCUUCUGAUGUAACGUUGACGUGUGUCCCAGUCCUGGCGAGACUGCUCUACCACACGGACCCAGACGUACUCUGUCAUUCCUGCUGGACCGCGGCCUUCAUUGCCGACGGGCCGGACUCCCGGAUACAGCGGAUCGUGGACGGAGGCCUCGUGAACCGACUGGUCGAGCUGAUGCUGCACCACGAGAGGAGCGUGGUGACUCCAGCUCUGAGGGCAGUGGGGAACAUUCUGACUGGAGACGACGUGCAGACGCAGGUAGUGAUAAACUGCUCAGUGCUGCCAUCUCUGAUAACAAUUCUGGCCACGCCUCACGAGAACCUGAGGAAAGAGGCUUGCUGGGCCAUCUCAAAUAUCACUGCUGGCAACAGAGUUCAGAUUCAGGCAGUAAUAGACUGCAAUGUGUUUCCCCUGCUGAUAGACAUCAUGAACUCCGGCUCAGUGUUCAAGACCAGGAAAGAGGCAGCGUGGGCCAUUCUCAACGCCACAUCUGGUGGAACUCGCCAACAGAUCAGGUCCUCACACUACCUUAAAAGGGCAUUGCAACCUAAAGAGCAAACAUACACUACAGUGGAGUCUCGUUAUGAAUUGCUGGGGACCUAAAGAAUUUGUUCACGGUGUGGGGAACUUUGUCAUAAGUGUGGUGAAAAUGUACAGUGUUCUAUGGGGCUAGGCUCCGAGGGUGUGUUUGUAGUAUCCAGAAUUUCGUACUAAGUGUGUUCUUUAUAAUGAGACUCCACUGUACCUGAAUUAGCUAUACAAAAAGAGCUCAUUGUUACUAUGUACGUACGUACAAACCUUAGGCCAUUGCACUGUAAGACUUUCGUGCAUGCACACGUGGAGACUCCAAAUAAUGCACAUGCAUGGGACAACAGACUUUUAUAAUAUGCGCCAAAUGAUACAUUAACCAUCAGAUUGAAACAAGUGUCCUUUUUGAGCUUUAUUCGUAGUGUGUUUAGACUAAAAUGUCAUGUUCACAGCUUGCAUGCCAAGGGCAGCUGUGGCUACAGCAGACUAGACCCUAUUUUGCUGGGGGUAUAUAUAUAGGGAAUUGAUUUCGACUC